AUGGCGGAAGCCAUCGGGGUUGUCUCUGGCGUGAUCACCUUCAUCGACGCAGGCAAAAAGGUUCUGGACCUGUGCACCAGGAUCAAAGACGCCCCCGAAAAAAUCGCCGCAUACCAGCAACAUCUCGAAGACGCCCUGUUUAACGUGGAGAAUUUGAAGCAGAGACUCCAAUCAAAUACCAAUCCAAACAUUUCGAUCGCUCGCAAAGAUUUGGACUUUGUGGACAAUCUUCUGAUUAGAUGUACCGAGCAUCUCCUUGCCUUGCAGCAGACUUUAGGAUAUCUGGACAAUGAGUUCAAAGGUGGACGACGGCGUCACGCUUGGGCAUCUUUGGUAGCUGUACGAAGAAGCGGUGAGAUACUUGGGAUCUUCAGCAAACUUCAGAAUGGGCUGAACUCGCUCAAGUCCUUCUUGAUUCAACAGAACUUUUGGAUGCUUCAGGGUCAAAGUUCUGCAGUUGCAGCCGUUCAAACCAGUCUUGCGGAUCUCAAAGCUAUACAAAGCCAGAACAUGCAAGAUUUAGAGCAAGGGUUUGCAACGACGUCGCAACGCUCAGCUGAAUACGUCGUCCAAGAACUCAAUCGCAUGCUCCAAUCCCAGACUAGUGAGAUCAUCCCAAAGCUUGAUGCCAUCUAUGCAGUCUCAGCGUUUGUCGUCUCUGCAGACUUUGGGGGUGGUGGAAUCUCGAUAAGCCCAGCCAUCAAGUUCCCCGCCACAAUUGUGGACCGCACGGAGUCGGAAGGCUUCCGAUUGCUUGAUUCGCUGGUCCUCGAGUACAAAGAUAACUACAGAAAGGUUUACGACACCCCUAAAUCUCCGAAAAGUGUCCUCCAUUUCCCCAGCCGCUCCCUGGAUCCAGACAGUCCCUACUGA